UGAACAGGGUGGAGCCUCAGGGGGAAGAAAACGAAGCUGCGGUAUGCCUGGGGCCACACACAAGUCCCCAGAAAUGUAUCUGUUAUCGCUGCUGCUGCUGCUGCUGCCGCUGCUGAAGGUGGAGCCCUCCGGGGCCACGCUGAUCCGGAUCCCUCUUCGCCGAGGCUACACUGGAUACAGAACCCUGAACCCACUGAGAGGAUGGGGGACCCCAUCCCCUGGGGGCAAGCCCACCAUUGUGCCUCUCUCCAAUUUCAUGAAUGUCCAAUAUUAUGGAGAAAUAGGGCUGGGAACGCCCCCACAAAACUUCUCUGUCGUCUUUGACACUGGCUCCUCCAAUCUCUGGGUCCCGUCCAAGAGAUGCUACUUCUUCAGUCUGCCCUGCUGGUUCCACCACCGUUUCAACUCCAACGUUUCUAGUUCCUUCAAGCCCAAUGGAACUAAGUUUGCUAUUCAAUAUGGAACUGGGCGGCUAAGCGGCAUCCUGAGUGAGGACAAGCUGACUAUUGGGGGAAUCACGGGUGCAUCAGUGAUUUUCGGGGAGGCUCUGUGGGAGCCCAGUCUGGUCUUCACUUUUGCUCACUUCGAUGGGAUAUUGGGCCUCGGUUUUCCCAGUCUGGCUGUGGAAGGAGUUCAGCCCCCACUGGAUACAAUGGUGGACCAGGGUCUACUGGAUAAGCCUGUCUUCUCCUUCUACCUCAGCAGGGACCCUGAAGUGGUUGAUGGAGGAGAGCUGGUUCUAGGUGGCUCAGACCCAGCACACUACAUCCCACCCCUCACCUAUGUGCCAGUCACCAUCCCUGCCUACUGGCAGAUCCACAUGGAACGUGUAAAGGUGGGCACAGGGCUGACUCUUUGUGCUCAGGGCUGUGCUGCCAUUCUGGAUACCGGCACAUCUCUCAUCACGGGACCCUCCGAGGAGAUCCAGGCCCUACAGGCAGCCAUUGGGGGAUUCCCCCUGCCGAUGGGGGAGUCUUUCAUCCAGUGCUCGAUAAUCUCAACGCUCCCCCCAGUCUCCUUCAACCUUGGGGGGAUCUGGUUUAACCUGACGGCCCAGGACUACGUCAUCCAGAUUGCUCGGGGUGGCGUCCGCCUCUGUUUGUCCGGCUUCAAGGCCCUGGAUAUACCUCCUCCCGAAGGGCCCUUCUGGAUCCUCGGCGAUGUCUUCUUGCGCAGCUAUGUGGCGGUCUUCGACCGUGGGAACAUAAAAGAAGGUGCCCGAGUAGGGCUGGCGCGCGCACGGUCUCGCAGAGCCGGACGCUGAGGUGGUCCACGCAGGCGCAGUUUCCCGAUUGACGUCCUGGUUAGGCGCCUGCGCACCGGAUGGUAGCCGAGACCUCACUUACUCUGUAGAAAUUCACUAUUUCCAUUUAA